GUAUUUCUCCCUGCGACUCGAAGUAAACACAACACUGGGGUUGGGGGACAGCGCGCUGGUGUCAUGCUGCCUUAUUUCACGUGCUGCGCCCCCCGGAGAGCCGCCCCCGCCUCCGUCAGCGUGCGGGGGGCUGCGUGAGGUGCUGAGGCGACAUGUGUGGAGGCCCCGACGCCCUAACAAGCUGACAUGACCCCGAGGCCGCCCCUGUGACCGAGACAACAUGAAGAAACUGAGACGUGUUAUCGGCUCUGUUGCAAAUCUAACAAGUAACCGGAAUGAUGACCACCAAGCAGCCGGUGCCCCGAAGCCCGGUGCCUUGUCCACCUCCCGUAGGAGUGUCUCAGGGCCUCUGCAGGAAACAAGUCCCCAGAGAGGCUCCUACUACAGCUAUGAGACCCAAUCACUGGACUCCUUCAACAGUGGACUGUCCUCUGGUACUUCCCACAUUGACCCCUACAGCAAGGUGGAUAAACAGUUCACUAAGCUGCACAAAUGGGCAUACCUGGGGGACAUUAAUAAGCUGAAGAAGUUCAUCAAGAAGGUGCCAGUUGAUGCUCAGGACAGUGAGGGGAAGACAGCACUGCACCAUGCUGCUGCCCAGGGCCAUGGAGAUACUCUGCUCUUCCUGUUGGGGAGCAAAAGCAAUGUAGAGAUGAGGGACAAUGCCGGCAUGACAGCCUUCCUGCGGGCAGUGGAGAAGAGUCAACAACACAUUGUUCAAAUGCUGGUCCAAAGAAGGGUUGAGAUAAAUGUUACUGACUACCAAGGCAACAGUAGCAUCCACCUCGUUGCCAGGACAGGAGCAACAGAUCUCCUCUUGCUGCUGCUUGAGUGUGGGAGUGACUGUGACUCUCCAAACACCUUGGGCCGCACACCCCUGCAUGUAGCAUGUGCAGAAAACCAAGAGGAGGCCGUGGAAGCUCUCCUCAGACAUGGUGCAAGCGUCAAUGUGUCAGACAAGGAGGGAGUCACGCCUCUCAUGGUGGCGGCCAAGAUAGGUAGCGUGCCCCUUGUGGAGGUGCUCAUAGAUAAUGGUGCCAGCAUUACUCCUGUGGAUGCCAGCAAGUGGACCGCCGCUGACUAUGCUCGCUUCACCAACCACAACCAGCUGCAUCACCGCCUGAAAACACUUCUGGAUAAAGAAGGGGGAGUGUCCCUGAUUCCUCAGGGUCUGCUGAGUGUUAGUGAUGAAGGAAGUGACCAGACAGAAGGAGCAGCUGGGGGCCUGGUGAAGAAGCCCAGUGAUGUUGAGGAGGAGGAGGAGGAGGAGGAGGGUGCUGACAAUUCUUGGAGUGACACCAGUGAUGUAAAUUCUAUCAAAGAAAAACCAAAACUUAAUCUGACAAAGUUUCUUCCAUCAUCUGAUGAAUCAAUAGAGAAUGUACCUUCUGCCAUCACAGACCCUCCUGGAGGUGGCACGGGGCCUCCUAAGCCUCCACGCCUCUAUACCAGCUCCUCCAGUCUUGCCUCUGACAAGGUUGUGGCAGACUUGAGUGGUGAGGUACAGGAUAAAGAAGACAGUGUGAAGGACAGUGACUCUUGGAAAUCAUCUUCAUCAGAAGAUGAAGGACCAAAAGUCAAAUCGCUUGGAUUAUUUGUGGGAAAUCUUGACUCCAGUUGUGACUUCAGGAAAAGUAAAGACAAUAAUAUCAACCCAGACCUUAAGACAAGAGUGGGCACUGAAGAUCUUAUGCUAGAGUUGGGUCUGAAGGACAUGAAGUAUGAGAUUUCAGAUGAAGAAAUUUCUUUUGAAGGAGAAAAAACAGACCUGCCUCUGGAGGGAACACCGACCAAGGUUGUCAUUAGCCCAAGGAGUAAAACUUCACUGGAUGAGAAGCUGAGUUCUAGAGCUGGAUCCCAGCAUAAUUCACCUUCAACCCAACAGCUCUCUUCAAUAAAUAUGAAUAAGGAUAGCCUUAGAAAUAAGAGUUCUGUUCAGUCAGCUUCCCCAUCCCUAAGCUCUGCAAGGAGUGGCAGCAGUAAGAAAUCUAAUUUACUGGAAUCUCCAGUAAAGUCUCCUAAAAAAAAGUCUCCAAGAAGGGCUAAACCUCACCAUCGCAAGUCCAACACAUUUGAUAGUGACAGUGAUGAGGGUGAAUCUGCCUCAUUUUUCUCACAAAAGAAAAGAAGUUCAACACCCAAGAAGCAGGAAGGAACAUCACUGUCAAAACAGUCAGCUGUUGAUGAAGACUCCUGGGGAAUGGAUGUUGACUCUCCUAAAUCCAAAUCACUCAGCAGUAAAGGAUCCAAAAAGUCUAAAAAUGACAGUAGUCAUGAUAGCUUGUCUGAACAUUGGAAAGAGGGGAAAAUACCUAAGUCAGGAAAAAGCACACCAGGAAUUUUACCCAAAGGGAAAGGCAGUGGUGGUGUGGGCGAUCAUUUGACUGUCCCAGGCCAUGGAGGUGCUGGCUCCCACACAAACAAUUUGUCCACUGUUGUAGGAACCCUGGGUCGGGAAGGAACCAUGCAGGAGGUGGAGGAGAUGUGGGAAGCUAAUCCUCAAAGGAAACAACAGUCUUCCACAUCCAGUAGCAGUCCUCUGAACUCUGAAGGUUUGCACAAAUUAGAUGGAAGCUCUGGAAAGUCAAGGAAAGAGGACGGUGCUAAUAUCGGAGAUGUAAAUGAAACCUGUAUCAGUGCCAAAGGUAUGAAAAAGGUAACUAACACUCAGGUAAGACAUGAUGGGAAAGGCGAUAAGGAUGAACCUGAUGGUGUGGAAGUGGAUGCAGACAAUGAAGACACAGCUGAGGACGUGAGUGAUGAUGACUUUGGCUCAAGUGGAGUGGAGGACCUUCUGGCAUCCAAAGUGAAGGUCACUGCCACACAACAGCCUCUCAGUACAAAUAAAGCUAUAACUAUGCCAAAACACAAUGUGGGUCAAGCACACUCAAGUUCACAGGAAAGUUACCAACAACCCCUCUCUCACAGCAAGCCUCUGAUCUCUGGGAAACAGAAGAGUCUUUCAGCAUCACCAAGGGAUGUAGACAAAAAGCCAAGUACAGGGAGCCCUCAGUCCGUUGGAGGAAAAGUCGCGUCACCCAUUUCUGAUUUUGAGAAAAGGACAGCUAACAAGAAGAGGGAACCAACAUUCCCUUUCUCUCCCUCUCACAAGGAAGCAACUGUAGUGCCAGGGCCUCACAAAGGAGGCUUAAGGUAUGGUUUGAGCAGUGUAGUUCUCAGUGAUGAAGAGUCCUUUGCCGAGGACCAUCUCCAAGCCUCAACUCACAGCUUGGAGGAGCUCGAUGACAGGACUUCGGUUACAUCAACUGAAACAGAAGAGAGUGCCCACAUCAAUGCUGGGUUGAAGGACUCUCUGCUGGCCCCACUCUCCUCCAUGCCUGAUGCCUCCAAUGUGGACCAGCUACAGGACUUGGUGAGGGAGCUGCGGCUGAAGCUGGAGAAGGAGUUUGGCCGCAGGAAAGACCUGGAGGCUCGGGUGUCACACUUAAAGGAGCAAGAAAAGAAGGCAAGGCUCCUCUGUUCACAGCAGGAACAAAAUUCGCAGCAGAAGCAGCAAGAGAUAUCAAGCCUGAUGGCACACAUCAAACAACUUGAGUACCAAGGACGCAGUGAGCAGGACUCCCUGAUUCUGAGGGACCACUCCCUGCAGGAUGCUCAGCAGAGGUGUGGCCAGCUAGAGGAGCAGUGUGGGGCCCUGCAGGUGCAUACCCAGCAGCAGGAGCAGCUGGUGAACUCACUGAUGGGUCAGCUUCAGACCAAGGAAAGAAUUAACCUCACUUUGCAAGAGAAACUGGAAGAGGUCUCCUCCCAGACCAAGUAUGUUUCUAUGAAGAGCUGCCAGACAGAAGACUUCCUCAUGUUCCUUGCUCCGCGUGAGUCUGUGCAGGCACAGACUGACUGGGUGUGUCUGGGUGGUGGGGAGGAUCGGCAGACACAGGCAACCCCAACAGUGUCAAGUUCUUUUGUGCAGACAGAAACAUCAAAGUUAGAAAUUAAACCAUUUUCAUUAGGCUCUCAGCCUGAAGUUGAUGUCUCUCACAAAACUGAGACCAGCACACAAUUUACACAAACUGAUCCUGAACAAAAAGUUUUGACAUGUGAAAGAGAAACUCAGAGUAAGAUAAUUACCAUGAGACAUGCCAGCUGCCAAAACACCCCACAAAGAGCCUUCAAAACUUGUCAGACGCAUUUCAAUACAAAGUCUUUCAGCAGCCAAACUGACACCAAUGUCCAAGAUGGAUUUGAUGUUCAAAGAAAAGCUGUAAAUGAUUCCUCUUGUCAAACAGUAUCCUCAAACAAGCAGGCUGGAAUUCAGACAGAUACAUUCAAUUUUGAAAAUCACAAAGUAUCACAAAGUGGUUUACAAACUGAAACACUUACAGCAGCAUUGGAGAAUAUUUUACAGGAUUUCUCACAGGACAUAAAGUCUGCCUUACAUUCAUCUGAAGAGGGCCACUCCUCUGCCCUGGAUGACAUCAAUAAAUCUCUCAAUUCUCAGCUGGCAGCCCUAACCAACAGUCUUACCACAAGCCUGCAGCAGACCUCUGUCUCACCCAGCCACGAGGAGGUGGUGGAGGUCCAGGAGGGGAUCUGCGAGCUCCAGGACACACUGCAAACCCAAAUGGAAAUUUUGAAGCAGCUUUCAAAUGAUCCGUCCCAAGCAGGAAUGCAAAACCUUCUUGACACAGUUGAAAAAUUACAUUUAGAGUUAAAGUCAAACCUAAAUGCUCUUGGCAACAGGAUAAUAGAAUCUCUACAAAGUCAUGUGGCAAGCCAACAAGAGCAGAAGACUCUUAUAGAAUCUCUGAUGAACCAGAAGCAAGAAAAUGACAAAAUUUUAACAAAUAUCUCUGGUCAACUUGAUAAAAGAAGUGAUCAUGAAAUGGAAAGAUUCAUCGACCUCAAGCAGCAGAUUGCAGCCCAACUCACAGAAAUUAAAAAAGCUAUUGAGUCGUCCAGUGUGUCGGAAGACAGUGGCAUUUCAGGAAACUUGACACGAGGAGUUGUUGAGAAGCUGGACUCCAUCGAGAAGUCUUUGACGUUCCCUGAUGGGCGAGGCUGCGUCUCCGAGGAGCUGUCUGGGGUGCAGUUUGGUGUGCAGCAGUUAUCCAAUAACCUGUACCAGAAAGUGGCAGUGCUCGAGGAGCUCAUCAAAAUGAUCAGCAGUGACUCAAAGCUUGAGCAGUCUGCCUUGAUGGAGCAGACCAAGGCCAUCAGUGAUAGUAAUGACCAUCUCACAACACUUGUAAAGCUCAGGUUGUCAGAAGCAAAUUCAGACCUCAGUGAAGCAAUUGAGGAAAAUUUCCGUAUAGUUCAGGAUCAGCUUCUUCACCUUCAGCAGAUCAUUCUACAGAGGAUCAAUGAAGUGUCAGAACAUAUAAGUGUUGGUGAGGAUAAAAAGGGUACAAAUUUAGCCAGACAGAUGAUGGAAAUAGCAAGUCAAGUGUCAGGUCUGCAAGGUGGCCUGGUGCAACUACAGACCAGUGUGCAUCAGGCCCACAGCACACCCAUGCCUGGAGGGGGGGUGGAUGAGGUCCUGGUCUCUUCUCUGAAAAUGUUCCAUGAACAAGCCACUGAAACUCUCAAGCUACAGAAUGACAGCAUCAUUCAGCAACUAGAAGCUUUGCAGAAGGAAAUUCAUGGUAAUGCGGUGCGAGGACAAAAUGUGACGGAGGGACAUGAAGUUAAGCUUUUGAAAGAAUCCCUGAAGGAGAAGGAGAGUGAGCUGGCUGCUGUGAAGGCUGUCAAGGAGCAACUGCAAGAGAAGCUCAGCCAACAGAAAAUUUCCCUGGCCUCCCUACAAUCCAAGGAGGAAGAAUGGAAGAUUAAGAUUGAGACUCUUCAUGACAGAGUUAAAGAUCUGACUGAGAGUCUGAAGGAGAAGGAGCAGGAGCUGCGACAAGAGGCAGCAAAGCUUGCAGCUCAGAGUGAAGACACAGUCAAGCUGCGCCAAGAAAACUUUCACCUCUCCUCCGAGCAUGCCAAACUCUCGGCCAUGCUGCAAGCUGAGCAGCACCAGCGGCAGUGGUGUGAGGGGGAGCUGCAAGGCCUGAAAGAGGCAAAGGAUGUGACAGAGAGGAGGAUGCAAGAAAUAAUGUCAUAUGUUCAACAGUCUUCUCUGCAGCGCACCCCCCCAACUGGGCGGGAUAAUGAUGAGGAUGAUACUGUAGCAACCUGGAAGCAGGAAAUAAAGAAGCUUGAGGUGGAAAAGAGGAGGCUUGAGGAGCAGUGCACCGAACAGCAGAAUCUAUCGCGCCAUCUGGAACUACGGCUGAAGGAAGCAGAAGUGUCUCUGGACUUGGAGAAAAGCUCAAAACUUGACUUAGAAAAGCAACUGAAGAAAGCUAAAGAGUCAUCAGCAAAGCUUCAGCGGGAGUUAAGUGAUAUAAGGCAGCAGCAGGAGGUGAUGAGGGAUGUUGAGGCCCAACAGACAGAGCUUGAAAUGGAGAUCAAGGCAAGGGAAGGUGCCAUGGACUCUUUGAGGAAGAAAGUGGAGGCUGUGAACAAGGAAAAACUUGACCUGAAAAAUGACAUCAUGCAGCUGAAGGAAGAAAAACUGCAAUUUGAAUUGAUCAAGCAAGAAAAGGAAUUAACUGAACAAAUGCAAAAGAAAACUGAGGAACAACUCCGUGAUUUGCAAACAAGACUAUCAAGAGAUUAUGUAUCAAAAGCAAGCUUGCAAGUUUUGCAGAAGGAGUUAGAAAGUAAAUAUCAUUUAGAACUAAGCACUAAACUUGCAGAGCUUAACCACAUCAUACAAGAGCAAAAUAGGCAGCAGGAAUCACUGGCCAAGAAUAAAAACUCCCGAGAACAAGAACUGAAGGACGAGCUCAACAGGAAGUCUGAGGAGGUGAUCCGUCUGAACGCCAAGCUGAGUGUGCUGGACGAGCGAGGAGACACGUGGAGGGUGAGGCACGACAGGCUGCUGGCCCUCUACCAGCAGCAGGCAGACCUCAACCACAGCCUCACCACCACAAAAAAGCACCAUGAAGACCCACUAUCUAUUACCUUGCAAGAAAUUGACAAACACCUUAAGACUCCACUUGCUACUUCAACAUUUCUUGGGCAGCUCACUCCCCCUGUGUCUCUGCAGCUGCCUCCUCCCCCAAGUAACAUUGACAGCUACCACUACACCCACGCAGACACCCUGGACCGCACCCUGCAGUCUUACCUCAACUCAUCCACACAGUCAAGGUACAGUGCUGCUGAUGACAAGCCACAGGCCAAGAUAUCCCCACUGCCUUCAUCCCCACACCACAGCCAGCACCGCUCUCGAGUGCCGGACCUUGAACAGUCGAGGGAUGAAUAUGUUGAUCUUCUGAAGAUGAAGUAUGGAAUUUGAUAUUUUUCUACUUCCCAUGAACAUGUAAUAUUUAUAUGGGUAAUUAUUAACUGUUGAACCAUGUAAGGGUGCUCCUAGUUAAUGGAGAUGGUGCAGUGCAGUUUCAUGUGUGUGAUAACCCAUGUUCAUACAUGGAAUGUACACAUAUUUUAUAUAAUAGUAAUAAUAGACUGGAUAGGGACCAAAUAGUAGAUUUUGUAGAUCUGAUUUUUCAGGGAACUUGCCUGGAAAAGUCUGGGUGUUAUUCCACUGAUCUUAAUUGCAACUCAAACCUGUGAAGAUAUUGGUCAUUAUCAUUGUCAUCAUUGGUGUCAUUUUUAUUCUCACCCUCAUCAUUGUUAUCCUCAACUUUAUCAUUACCACUCCUGCCAUCAUCAUCACUAUACCACCACUUUUGCCAUUCAUCAGAAACUACAAGAACACUGAAAAAUCUCAAAAUCUACAUCACUGAGUGCUGGGGAUUGACUCAGGCCUUGAAAAUAGAAGUCAGGACCCAGCAAACCAACUGAAGGCCUGGGUUUGAUUUCUGGCACACAGUGAUGCACAUUUAGAGACCUUUGCCUUCAGCAUUACAUCUCAUAAUCAUAAUGGAAGGUUCAUUCUCAUGAAUUAUUCAGUCAGCUGUACUGUCUCACUCCUUCAGGAACCUCAUUACUAACUUAGAGAGCAGGACAAGAGCACAGGAGGGUUGAUACUGAGCAAAGAAAAAAAUUCAAGUGAUAACAUCUUGGAUAAGCCGCUCACUGUUUCACACCGAGUGGCACGUUUUGCAAAGGUGAAGAAUGAAGUAGUAUAGGGCAUUGGAGAUGGGUUGUUAGAGGAAUGUGUGAUAUAACAGUUUGAAUACGGUAUAAGAAUAAACAAAUGAGAAUAAAGACUAAAUAAUGAGAAAAGAUGUUGAUAAAAAUACAGUGCUGUAUGCAGGGAGAGUUUGGCCACUCCCUAGAUGGCAUCUGGCUGUGCUGCUCUUUGCCUCCUAUCCAGCACUCCAGCCUGAACUUAAGCUGCUGGUAGUAUUUCAAAUACUAACAUUUUUAUCCAUUGGUGGUUAACUUGUGUCCAGACAGAAGCACUCUCUGUCUAAGGCACUGUGAAAAUGUAAAGACAAAGUGUUGAAAGGAAAGAAAAGAAUACCCUCUGUGAAUGUCAGACAAGUAAAAUUAUAGAAAUGAUGCAAGAGGCAUGAGAAGUAGCUUCUUGGGUCAUGGACAUUGCCUAAAAAGAUGUUCCUGAAGGAUGCAGAUUUACCUGCCAUAAGUAAUUUGUUAAUCAAAAGCAGCUUUUUGUCUUACAUUAGAGUAAGAUGUUUAAUGAUAAUUUUAUUUUUUAAGUUAUUUCCCAUGUGCAUUAUAAGAAAAUGACAAACACAGAAGCCUUGUUGUACCUUGAUGCUGUCCAUAGUGUGAAUCUUUGUGUGGGCUGCCACUGUGUUUACCUGGCAGUGACUCGCCGCCCCACGCACCAGUGCCUCCUGUAGCUAAGUUCAGAUAGCCAUAUUCUGACUUUCAAGGAAUUUCCUUGAUUGAAAGAACUUGCCAUAUAUCUAUGAUGCUGAUUUAACAUAUAUUAAACACAGCAUAGUUGAAAAUGUUUUGUAAAUUAUUAAUAUCAUAUUGAUAGUAUGGGGUAAUUCCUUACCUUACUGCUUUGUUAUCUUGCAGUGACUGGUGCCAAUAAUAAGAUUUUGUUCAUGACAGAAACAGUAUUGAACCUUACUGUGCAGCUUUGAACAAUGUAUAGCAGCCAUUGCUUAACUACACCUCUUGCCUGCAGCAACUAAAAAUCUCUUUAUCUGUGAUAUUCUACGAAUAGGUGUGAUCUGAUGCUAAUUUACAUUAAUGUUACUGGGUCAUGAUGAUUCACAUAUUGUGCACAACUGAAUGUAAUCCUAGAAAUUUUAUUUUACAAAAUACUCUGGAUUAUUUGUAUAAAAAACAAUAAUUGGUCAAUUGCAAUGAAUCUCAACAAGAAAAUGUAUAUAUUAUAAAUAUUAAUUGUCUGGUGGCUACUUUUUAAUAAAUUUUGAUUAUAUAUUUUAAAAAGUUCCUUAAAGAGAGUGUUGGUGGCCUGGUGUCCAGCAAGACAUGGCCGCCUCACACACUCCGAGGCAGGCUGUUGCAGUGUAAUGGUGCCUUUGUCUCAUUCAGGCUUUUAUUAAUUUAUUUCAAUUAAAUUUUUCAUUUUUCCAUGACGGGCUAAGGUUAGUUUUACUUUAUGACUUACUUUCAUUAUUUAGAUAUAAGGUUUAAUGCAGCUGGGAGAAAAUAAGUAAAAUAUGAAAUUUUAUAAUUUUCCUGCAGGUGGUUCAUAUGCAAGCUGACAUGUGCCUGUUUUGAAAAUUGAAGCAUUACCAUUACAUAAUGGUUUACCAACUUCCUUCUGUGAUACUGUAGGAGGUAACUGUUGCAUCCUCUACUCUAAGGUGUUUAAUGCUUUCAUUGAUCUGGUCAUCACGAGGGACCAAGCAGCAUGUCAACUGGUCUGUAAUGAAUAGUCUGGUGCAGAAAUUUUGUUCAGUAAUAAUCUUAAGUACCGAGAUACAAUAUAAAGAUGACAUGAUUUUC